UCCAGGGUCGAGUAUUUUUCCGUGUUGCUUCAUUGCAUUUUGCCACCUUGGAGAACUGAACAGCAAUUUGGUUUGAGAACGUUCAUUCGGCGUCGAUCGUUAAACACAGCUAGACCUAUAGUUUACGCUUCGUAUCAAUUUUCAGAUGUCAUUCGUUUGUAAGAGAAAAGAAAAAUGUUUUCGCUGUUAUCUACAUCAAUAAUACUUGGAGCUUUGGUGUUUCUCAUCUGUUUCUGGUUCGUUAGGCGUCCCAAAAACCUUCCACCCGGUCCAUGGACGCUCCCCAUUAUCGGAUAUCGAUUCAAAACGGGUCAUGUUCACGAAGCUUACGUAGAGUUGGCCAAAAAGUAUGGACCUGUUUUCAGUAUUCGGCGAGGCCCGUUUCUCUUUGUUGUAUUGAAUGACAGGGAAAGCGUGAAACAAGCUUUGGUAAAAUCAGGAGAAUUCUUUUCAGACCGAUCUGUGCCAGGACCAAUUAACUGGACAAUACCAGACGCUAAAAAGAAAGCUUCCAUUGUCUGGAGCAAUGGCAAGUCAUGGGUUGACUUACGGAAAUUCUCUCUUCCUGCUCUUCGCUCCUUCGGCUUUGGUAAGAAGAGCCUUGUCCCUCAGAUCAACCUUGAGGCUCGUUAUCUGGCUGAGGAAAUCAAGGCUCUACAUGGCGAACCCAUGGAUCCAUCGGCUGUGUUGAACAAAGCAACUGCUAAUGUCAUGGCUCAACUCAUUUUUGGUCGCCGCUAUGAAUACGACGACGCCGAGUUUAUUGAAAUUCUACAAGUAAUGGUGGACAUUUUUGCCUUUGUUUCCGACAAUGAUCCAGUAAAUGUAUUCGAACCACUCAUCCACACUCCAUGGUACAAACCUUACCGAGAGAUGAUGAUCAAGCAAAAUAAGUUUAUUCACGCUCAACUCUACUUCCACCGAGAAACUUUCCAGAAAGACAACAUCCGGGACUUCGUUGACGCAUUCUUGGCAGACGACAUCUCCAAAGAAUACACCCUGGAGGAUUUUGGGAGAAUUGUACUGGAUUUUUUCACCGCUGGUACAGAUACCACAGCGGUGGUUACUUCAUGGGCGUUGCUCUUCCUUUCUGUUCACUCAGACGUACAAAGGAAGGUACAAAAUGAGUUAGAUGCAGUUGUUGGGCGUGGCCGACAACCAGACACCAGUGACCGCCCGAACCUUCCCUACUGCGACGCCACAUUGAUGGAGAUUAUGCGCCUCCGUCCGGUCGUCCCGAUCUCCCUGCCUCACAUGACGUCUGCAGAUGCCUCCCUUGGACCUUAUACUAUUCCCAAGGGGACCAUCAUUGUCCCUAACCUGUGGGCUGUUCAUCAUGAUCCCAAGGAGUGGUGUGAUCCACACCUAUUCAACCCGAACAGAUUUCUCAGUGCUGAUGGUCAAACAGUCGUGAAGAACGAGGCUUGGAUGCCAUUUAGCACUGGCCGCCGUGAUUGUCUGGGUAUGCAACUCGCCAUGAUGGAGACAUUUUUGCUCUUUACCAAUCUCUUCCAGCAAUUCGAAUUCAAGCUUCCUCCUGACCAACCAACCCACAGCAUGCGAGGUCACCCUGGUCUAACAAUGCCUCCAGAAAGCUACAAGAUUUGUGCCAUUGAACGAUGAAUAUCACCCGUAUCAGUGCAGUAGAGAAGCCUAAAACAGCAGCUGUUACGACUAAUUUCAGUUGUUCAUAUCCUUCAUGAGCUUCAUGUCUUUAUCAAGCUAUUAUUUUCGUAACUUAGUUGCUUUAACAGAUUUUUCUCAACUUAUUCGUACAUGUAUAUUAUAUAUACAGUGCGUCCCAGAAAAAACGAAACCGAGA